AAUGGCGGGACAGCCGGCAAGUUUAUGGAUUAAAUUUUGCCAGCAAAGAAGAAGCAGAACACUUUGCUCAUGCUAUGAUGACAGCAUUAGACACAUUGAACAUUUCAGAUGGAGCACCACAGUAUGAACGUGGAGGUAUUUACCACAAGCCAGCACCAGUAACACCAGCUCCUGCACCUCCACCGCAGCAGCCACAGCAGCAGAUCUACAGCCAGAUUGGCAACCAAAAUGGGCCAUCAGAUAUGGAUAAUGAGAGACUUCAUCGCGACGAGUUCCAGACCCACAAGCGACAGAUGUCUGGUGGAGGAGUUCCAGGAAUGCGGGACUCUCAACCUCAUGACCCCCUCUCCAGUGGUGCCACAGCCUCCACAGGCUCCAGCGGCACCCCCAGCUCCCCCAGCCCCACCCGCUCCACCAGCUCCACCACCAGCCCCGUCUCCAGGAGGUGCACCCAGAGCACCCCCACCGCCAGGAGCAGGUGCCCCUCCACCUCCACCUCCACCGCCCCCAGCAUCCAAUGCACCCUCAGCAUCUAAUCAGGGAGGGCUAGCAGCAGCCUUGCAAGGAGCCAAACUGAAGAGAGUUGCAAAGCCUGAGGAGACAAGUGGAUCAGGCAGCGUGGGAGACAGAGACAGCAGUGGGGGCAUGGGCACCUUGGGUCGUACUUCUGGUGGGGGAGGUGGCGGCGGCGGAGGUGGUGGCGGUAUGGACAACAUCAUGAGUGAGAUACAGAAGAAACUGGCACAGAGGAGAGCAAAGGUAGAUAAUUCUGGACAGGAAGAAGGCAGUGGGGGGUCAGAGCCAGCAGCCACGCCCCCUGCCCCAACCCAACCCCAACCCCCGCAGGCGGGGAUGCCGGUAGAAGACCAUGGGAAAAAAAUACACCAGCACAAGGCAAUGGAAAGUUUGUUAAUGGAUCAGGAUCUCCUAAGCCGCUCAGAAAACGCAAUCCUUCCCUGACAGGUCAGGAGAAUUUGAGUAUGGCCGUAAAUGGAUCCUCAGGAGAUUUGGAGUCCUUGAAACAGGAGAUUCUAACUGAGAUGAGAAAAGAGCUGCAGAACAUGAAGAAGGAAAUCAUAGAUGUAAUCCGCCAAGAGAUGGGACACAGAUAAAGACUGUUACAGCAAGCAGGAAUUGCUCAUCAUGUCAUCAGUUUUUAUGUCGUCAGUGUGGACGACGACGACACCCCAGCGUACAGUGCUGACACAGAGCCAGGGAACAUCUUCCAACAUUGAUCAUCAUCUUCUCCUGUUCCAUUAAUACAACUACACACAGGACGAUAUACACAUACACACCACUCAGCUCAUACACACAGGAAUGCAUACUCAUGUCUUCAUCCCAGCCGUAGCAUCAUCGGAUAAUACUACUGGGUAACGCUGCUAUCAUCUUAGACCAAAUGGAUAUAACUUAUUCCGUCAACCAUAACCAGUACUUGCUUCGCUUUGUAGAUGUGUGGAAUCAGAAUACUCCCCAGUAAGCAAUAGAAAUAUUGAUGAUAAUCUGCAUGUGAACAUUGAUGAUAAUCUGCAUGUAUCUUGCUUUACGGAAGAGGAUCAAAUAACCCUAGUAUGUUUGCCCAGAAUCUGUAUACAAACUUGUUUAAGGGGAGAUAAUAUGUAUAUAAAAAGACACCCCAGUACAAGUAAACAGUUGCAACAGAAUAUGAAUGGUGUUAGUAAUACAAUAGCUUGCUGAUACCACAUGCUUCCUUGUUCCUUCUGUCAAUAAUAGUUCAUGUAAUUGUAAUGUAGUCAUCAGACUCAUGGAUCAUUGAAAGGCUUUAGUAAGCUACACUCCACCAUUACAGACAUUGAUUAACUGUAAUUCAAUAGUUGUCAUUGAUGAAAUAUAUAUACGGAGCAUUGUAAAAAGAAAUAUGCUUAAAUAUUCAAGUGUGAUGCAUGGACUUUGAUCAAAAUGUAGAGUGUGAGUUGCCUAACACUGAGGGCAGUGUACAUGCUGCAGUUAGUCUAGCAUUUAGAGGAGCAUGGAAUGACAACAGACGCUGGAGGGAUGAGAUCUGCAGAUCAAGUGCAAUGUAAUCGGAGCAGCAGUGCAUUUUGGGAGACCACAUCCGUCGAUUUCCCUGUUGUUGUAUUAAUGGACCUGGAAUACACAUUGUUCUGAUGACUGGCAUAGUGUACUGGCUAGAUGCGACCAGUCCGAACAAAUGAAGCUUUGAUGCUUGAUAAUGAACCAAUGGAGAACUCUGCCAAUUGUAUAAAUCUUUUCUAUUUUAAGGUGUAAUAUUAUCAUGAUCUUAUUAUGAUUUCACUGCAUGUCCUCCUUAUGCUACCAUUAUGUUCGAUUCAGGAAGAGCAGGUUUGCCACAGACGGUCACUCGAUGUGUUCACACGGGCUCAGAUUAUUAUGUGAUUAGGUUUAAAGCAACAGGCUGCAUGAAAGACGUACACCCCCAUCACCUUUCAAUGUAUCAUGUGGGGGAACCAUGUAAGGCACUGUCAGGAACCUGUGACUGGGUUCAUGCUUUCCUCAACAUUAAGCACACAUGCCGUGAUAUAACUGGAAUACCGUUCCAUGUGGCAUUAAACCCAGAUCCAGUCUCAUUCAAUAUGUCAUUGACAUAUUAAUAAUACAAUGUUAUCAUUCAGGAAUAAGUUUAUCUAACUUUAAUCUACAGCAUUUAUGUUUGUUCUUUUGUGACAGUUGUUCCAUUUCCCUGUUUCUCAGUGUUGAUUCAGGUGAUUUCUGUGUUAUCAUAGUCCUUGGUAACUAGCAGCUGAAACAGGAAGUUCCACGGACAGCUUUAACUUGGAUUGGCCAUUCAAGAAAUCUGUGUACAACAUAAGGCUGAUAUAGGUUUUAUGUUCACAGUGUUAGAGUUUUGUCACUUGCUGUCAAAGAGCAUAUCUACAUUCUCAGUGAAUGAGUUCUGUAGUUUGUGUGGAGGACAUGAUGUUAGUGUAUGGAGGCCUUGUAGGGGUGUAGAAGUCAAAUGAGAUGUGUUGCGUCUCUCACUGAUAGGAUGACUCAACUCUCAGUCACUGUUGCAAAGGGCAGCUCAGAUGCAAUGACAAUGCUGUAGUAAUAGGAGCCUGAUUAGGGCAUCUUAUUCUAUCAAAGAAUUCUAAAACUCUUUCAGUUUACGAUACAUUUUUAAUAAUUAAUAAUUAAUUGAUACGUUACUAAAGAUCGUUUGAACCUAUAUGAUGUGUUCUUCAAUAUCUUUUUUAAGACAGACACAAAUGAUUUAUUGGAAAUGUUUGGUGUACUGGUAAUGUAAGUGGUACACAUACAGAGCCUCAGAACCAGUUUUGAAUGUAUUUUGUGUGAUUCACUGUAAACUGAUAAUUAGUUAUGUAAUUUGGGUAAUUUAAAAGCAGUUUGGUGAAAAUGUUAAAGAUAAUUUGAAACAAUGAAAGACUUGACGUAGUGUUAGUGUUUGAGCUGCCCUGAGUCCUACGUAACAGCCAUUGCUAUGAGCAUGUUGUAUUCGUCAGUGGUUGAUAAUGAAUCCAAAGAGUCUUCACAUUCUUGAUGGUUUAGAGUGUAUGCUCAUUUACUGUGUAAAUACUGAUGUGGAACUUUCUCGCACUGUUUAUCUUGCAUUCAUAAUGACUUUUCAUGUAGUGGAUGAAUGACAAAGCUUAUAUUAAUCCCUAUCCCUGUGCAUGCCGAUUGUAUUCUAGCUGCUAGAAGCUACUCCUUUGCUCAGUACUUGAUCUCAAGACAAACAAGGGGGCUGAGGUCACUCAUUCCAGCUUCAGUGGAGUUUCAGCAGCAGUAACAAAUGACGUUUAAAUUUUAAGCAAGUGUUUCAUGAAACAGACUUUCUUUAAAGGAAGUAUGGCUUGUUAGUUUGCUUAAAUAAGUGAAACAUGGACUUGUAAGAUCAAACCAGUUAUAUUUCUGUUUAUGGUUUUCUUUAAAUGUUUGUGAACUUGCUAUCACUCAGUGUUCUUACAUUGAUAAAAGGGGAGAUUGUGUUCUUGCAAAUUUUCAGUCCAAGCUGGUCGUCAUAGUCAUUAAAAGUAACCUUUGUGUGCUGACUGAAAUUUCUGAUACUAUUGUAACAUUGGUUAAUUGGUUUACCACAACUACACAUUGACACUGUCUUAAUUUCAAACUUAGCAUUAACUGUUAGUGUUGAAAGGGGAUGGUAAGGGAAACGAGACCAUGGAUUGUGCUGAAAAUCAUUGUUUUCGGUUUCACACCACAUUCAGCAAUGUUCCCGGUAUGGGACAGUGGUCUGUCAAUAAACAAGUCUGGACCAGACAAUCUCACUCUUUAGGAAUGGAGGCUUUCACGCAUUCACAAUGACCUGCCAUAAUACUGCUUGGAGUGGUAAAGCUGUGAUCAUACAGAGUUACUUCCCUUGUACUACACAGCCAUGAGAACUUGUCAUGAUGUAUGGUUGCCUCAGCCCUGUCACCCAUAGAAUACAUACACGCAAUGUAAUUAACCCUUACAGUGAGAACACUGACAUGUCACAAGUAGGUGCUAUGCUCCAUACUAACUAUAGAGCUCAGGUGGCUUAAUGUUCAGUAACAUUGCUCAUUUAGUUUUAGUCAGUAUUGAAAAUGAAAAGCUCUUGCUGUUAAGCUAAUACUUGGGCAAGUCAUUAAAAUCCACAGUCAUGCCAAUUGUAAUUAGAAACCAUCAUCAUCUUAGAUAUCAAAUGUCAGUCUAUCAUUGAUGAUACAUCUGUGUAUAUUUAGGCCCAGCUCUGCUGAAAAUUUGUUGAUUUCUUCAAAUUAAGGAUAGCUUUUAACUGUAAGUUUUUGCUUCAUUUCUGUGAAAAGAAUCCGAGCUGAUUUUUUAAAGAUUAUCUUUGCUAAUUAUGAGUCUUCCAGACCAGAAACAAUCAUUGACUUGAAUGAUUUAUUGCAGCGUUGAUAUCACAAAUGAGUACCAUUGUACAUGUGACAGUUUUUGUCCGACAAUUCAAUAUUGAGGAAUAUUGAUACUUAAGAAAAAAUAUUUUUGUUUUCAUUCAAGAUUUUCUAAAUUUCUAAGAAAAAUUCAUUAUUGUAUUGUGUAUUUAUGAAUUUUUCAAAAGUUGCUGUCAUGAUUUUUGUUAUUGGCCAGCGUUCUUCAAACCAAUAACUCGGGUAUUUAGAACAAUACACAUUUCAUAUCUAGAAGCAAGUAUUCACCAAUAUUCUAGCUUUUAAGUCGCUUGAGGAAAUUGUUUAAAUUAUCAUCAUGUCCAAUAGAAUUUGUAGUUUGAACAAAAUGUUUAUGAAUUCAUCCCUUUAUCCUUGAAGAUGUGUUUAUUUACUGAUUUCUUGUGAUGUUUAUGAAUUUUUUUUGCACAUAAUUUUCCUUAUCAAUUUAAGUAUAUGUUAUGUAUCUUGUAAAUAUUCACAGCUAUUUGAUGACUGUGCCUGUGUUUAUUAUCAUUUUUGCAUGAUUGAUAUUUAACAAACUGUAAUAACUAAUCAAACUGGAUCAACAUCCCAUAUUCUUCUUAUUAUUACAGAUAUUAUGCUCAUUAUUUUUAUUUAUGUUAUACAUACCAUAUAUGUUCCCAUUCAAGCCACUUUACACAUUAUGCAACAGUGAAACGGGAGAUAUUGUAAGGGAGAUAACUCAGUCUCAAUAACUUAAUACUGGUCUCUUUGCUUGUUACUUAACUGUCACCUUUCCUCAUCCUGUGCAGUCACUAUAAGCUGUAUUGUGCCUAAUACUUGCAUAGUAAGCAGAUAUUGUGAUUAUACCAUAGGAACACAAUUAGCAACUUUUGCAUAUAGCUGCCCCUUAAAGUUCAGGUUUGAGGGCAUGUCCCAUAUUAGUUCAAAAGGUUCUUUUAUGACAAUGAUAUUACCAUUUUCUACAGCUUGAUAUUUUGAAAGGGUUAUUUUAUGCCCGUGAAAUAGUAUAUCCCGAAGUCGAACUGUGUCUAGCUGAAUAAAUAGUGGUUACAUUGUUGGCGCUUUGCACCGAAGACAGAAGAUUCCACAUGUAUAUAUACUAUGUAUAUAUAUUGUGAAGCCUAUUCCUUAUUUCCCUACAGUAAUAUGGCAAGACUAUUAGCAUCAAACUAUCACCCAAAUACACUAGUCUACUUAUUUGAAUGUUUUCUCUUAUAUUCAGACAUGUUUCAGAUAUGGUAUAUUAAAUAUUUACAUUCUUUUAUUUUGAUUGCUAAGUUUCUUUGAUUUUUUUUUUUUUUCGAUUGAUUUCCAAUGUGUACAUCUGGCCAUGCCUUGAAGACUGAACUAUAUGAACUAUCACUGAAAUACAAACAAUGUGUUCAGCUUAGACUUUUUAGUUUUUUGAAGUGCAUAAGUAAUUGUGAAUGUCAAAGGAAGGAAGCUGAUUCAGAAAUACAUUUACACAAUGCUGCAGUGAAUUAAUUUGGAAAUACUUGAGGGAAGCAUUCACUUGUCUGUGAUCAUAAAAAUAACCCAGUAACUCAACGCAUUGAUUUCUUCAUGUUUGUAUGUAGGAAACGCAAAACAUUAGCCUUUGUUUGUCCAAACAAAUCACCUUUUGUGCGUGCAAAAUUCCAUUUCUGGGCACAGCGAAUGAUUGGGACCGAAUCUGUUUUAAGCUACUCAAAAGACAUUAUUCUUUCAUAUUACUGAACAUAAUCUGUUGUUCCAUAACAGUUUAACAAUAGAAAUAUGAAAGAAUCAUGUGAUCCAUAACCUCUUUCAUAUUACAAUAAUUACUAGUCAUCCCAUGACAAUUAACUACAGUAAUGUGAAAGAUUUGGAUGGUCCUUAACUUCUUUUGUGUAGUUUAUUCAAAUCUCAUUUUAUCACAUUAUGCAAGUAUUAUCAGGGGAUAAAACUAUAUGCUCAAUGCUCCUUCACUCAGUACUGUAUCAUAACUGAGAUUCUGUGUGUCAAAAUUCAUUUCGGCUGAUAAGAAGUACACCAAAAACAUCAAAAUCCUAUUCUUCCAUCAGUUUGGUAGUUUGAAUAGAUCGACUUUUGAUUGGUGACUGUUGGGGUUCUCUGUGGAAUAACUUGAUGUCUUUUGGGGUAAUGUAUGGCACUCAAUACCGAUAACUGUACAUACUUGUGUGUAUAUUUCAUGACCUCAUAAUAUAAAUACAAAAUAUAGUAAGUGUGUGUCUUGUCUUUUGAGAUGAAGGGUAGCUGAUUGCCUAAUGAUUGGAUAUUAGAUGUUUUGAGCUGAUAGGAAAGGUUAAAAUCCCAUCUAAAAAGCAGUGUCUGAUAUAGGUUUCUGUUGCAGUACAAUAAAACAAUGACUUGAUCUUUAGUAAAUGAUUUUGUUAGACCAAAGGAGAUAGGUUCUAACAUCUUUUUCCACAUUUUUAAUUAUGAGAGACGUUGUAAAAGGUGUAUUUUCCUUAAUUAUCAUGGAAGCACAAAGUUCAUGGAUAUGGAAUGAGGCAAGAAGUGGUGGAGAAUGGUCAAGGCUUAUGCAAUGGACUUGAUGUGUCCUGUUUUAAAGAAAAUGGGCUCCGAUGAAAAUUAUGAACUUGUUGCAGCCAAAGAUAAGCAAUUUAGAGGUAUCAUAUUUGUUUGAUAGAUCUGUUUUUUCUGUUUGUGACAAACAGUACCUGCUCAGAAAACUUGCCAAGCUUCAUAGUAGAUUUUGCAUCAAGGCCAGUAUUGAUUGUUUAGCAUGGUAUCUAUCUGAUUUAUGUUCAUGUUAUUGUAUUAAUAAUGGACACACCCUUCAGUUAUGUGCUGAUACAUUACCAUAAUACUUGCUAUAGUCAAGGGACUGAUGCUUCUAAUUGAAAGCUGCUAGUAGACUUCAGUACUGAAAGGUAGUGGAUAUUGUAUGGUAUAAAUCCUUAUGUCCCUUUCCCUUCAAGGGUGCUGUUCCACAAAGGAGUCUUAGUGCUACAGUCCAUUGGAAGUAUUAUGUCAAUUCACUGACAUUGUUAAAAGGACAUUUUACAAUACAUAAAUUGCUACAUUUGUAGUCUAUGUAAAAGUAUGGAAGUUAAAAUUUUCAUAGCACUAAGAUAACUUUGUGGAACAAGCCCCUGAGAAGCCCCCUGUUAAGUUGACACAAUAUAGGAUCAAGACAUAUGAAGACAAAUAUUUCUGUACUUCACAUGAAUUAUUACCGCUCCAGAGGAUCCUUUGAGGUUGAGAGGGAUCUUCAAUGUGCUCAUUCUACUACUUUGAUCAGGAGUGUUACACAAAGCUCCAUGGAUUACAAAAGCCAAAUUUAUUGCCAGAUUCUGGCUGCUAAGUAUCAGUGUAACAUCGAAGCAUGUUAAUAUCAUUACUGUCACUAAUACAUGUGUAUAUGUCUUUUGUAUUAACCCCUGCAUCAAAGGAUUGCUGCUGCUAAUUGUAGGGUCAUACGUAUUCUCUGCAUGGCAUCACUGCUGGACUUUGAUAUCAAAUAUACAUGAUUAAACCUCAUUGUAUUCAGUGUGCAGGUUUUACAACAGUGUAACGUCAACUGCUGAGAGCUAAUUAUACCCCCAUCUCUAGGAGUCUAAUGGCAGGAAUUUCAACAACAUACUAAAAUGCAUGUGUGGUUUGAUCAGUGGAAGUUCCAAACACAAGGAAAUGUUUUAUGGUUUACCAAUCUUCAUUUGCAACAAUUCCAUAGCAACAGUGAUAGCAUCAUGAUUUGAUAUUUAUUUAUGAAUUUAUUUUAUCAAGUUUUCGCUUUGGCUGAUUGUAGACAAUUGACCGGAGGCCAAAACUGUUCACAUAAGUAUUACAUAAAGCUGUGACAUCUGGGUGCUGCAUCCUUCUGAUAUUUAUGCAGUUUGAUUAUGUGAGUCAUGUUAUCAUUCCAGUCCAAGUCCAUAAGAAGGCUCACAGUUGCCUCCCUUGGUUCAAGGACACAAGAAUGUAAUUGCUUGAGAAGAGUCACUUAAUAUCCAGUGCUUUUGCUGAAAAUGUUAAAGGAUGUGUGGUUUCUCUAGCAUCAUAAAUAAUGUGGGUUUUAACUGAAUGAAAUUCCUGUAAACUCGAUUUGCAGUUACUCAGAAUUACACAAUCGUAUGCCAGUUCCCCCUAGCUUGCCAUGUUCAUUUUGAGAUACCAGUAUCUAGCAUAAACACUUAGUGACAGACAUCAAAUGCUGGUCAGUGUUUUCAGUUAGGACCCAGAUUAAUUUGUGGUACAAAGGUGUACAAAGAAUAGCCUUGCUACUUUUAGCCUUUGGUUCUUGGUAUUUCUACACUAUAUUUCCUAGACUAUUGUAUAUUUUACAAAGGAGGACAGGAUUUUGGAAUGCUAACUUUAUGAACAUUGUCUUUAAUGAACCAAUUUUCAAGACAGUUCAUUUCUGUGGAUUUUUUGUUUGUUUUUGUGUGUAUGUUUCAUUGUUUACACUGCUUUUUAUUAAGAUGAUUGUAUUUGUAUUUAACCAUCAUCGAAAAAUAAAAUGUAGCAUCUUU